AUGCCAUUAGCGCCGGACGCCAUAGCCUACUAUGCUCUCCACAUAAUCGCAAUUCCCCUAUCUCUAUUCACUUUUAUAAUAUACCGUCGCAACACACACUAUUCAAGUAUCGCCUACUAUUCUCUCACCACCGUCAUAUUUGCAUUAGUCACAUGCUCCAUAGCAUUCAUUUCCAAUGGACACGCUGCAAAUGCCGAGUUAUGUAUCUUUCAGGGCAUGAUCGUAUCCUACUGUCUGGUAGCCAUUGGGAUAUGGACACUAUCGAUAACAUUCUCGAUGUGGUGGAGCAUAUUCAAGGGAGAGGAUAUUGAAACGCCGACUUGGUUUUGGCUGGGAACUUGGCUCUUACCAGUAUCGGGAACUACAGUCGCUAGUGUUGUGGCUGCUCGUAGCGGAAGUAUUGAAGAAUGGAAUUAUUUUUGCAUGAUUACUGAACCCCUUAUUGCUACCAGCCUCGGAGUCUUCCUCACAAUAUCACUUUCCGGUCUUGGUGCAUGUGUACUAUCAGGCAUAAAUGCAUUUGCAUUAUAUCAGUUCUGGAAGGGUAAAAGACAAGGAAUGUUCGCUGAUGAAAUCGAAAUGCACAUCCGAACUUUAACUUUCGGAAUACUAAACUCGAUAACUUUAUUAAUACUAUCAGGGACACGCAUAAUCCAAAUCAUAAACUUGAAUGAUUUACCCACUUACUCAGCUUAUCCCGACUUUCUCACGUGUCUCUUUCCUUAUAUCACCUUUUUUGCCUUCACCACCACGGCUGAAGCACAAAGAUGCUGGGCUCUCCGAUGGGUAUCAAGCCCAUGUGUCAAUCGAGCAAAUGAUGUUUUGGAUCAAUUCUCAAUCGUAUAUCCACCAAAAAAGGCUUCAGUCUUGAGCGAACAUGGAGGAAAUGGAAAGAACAGUGGAAACGAGGAUUUGAGCAACACAUACACGGAAAAUUAUACAGGGGAGCCAUCGCAUGCGAUGAUUGAACAAAGAAAUUCUCAGCACUCGGGAUUUCUGCAAGUAGCUUCCCCUUUCACCCAUGAUCCGUCUCGCAAUAGACAAUCCGGUGUCAUAUCCGUAAAGGGCAAGAAGCGUGCAUCAGAUACAUUUCGCGCAAGCGUCCACCAGUUCUUACGAGCGAGCAUCACUAGCGUUAACCAGCUCGGCUCGCGCAUUAGUCCCCAAAUAAUAUCCCACCAACAAGAUGACCCCACAAAAUCCGACAUUAACCAAAACGUGACUAUUUCCAUAGACGAUCCCGAACAUUUGUCAUUUAAUAAUUUUGCUCGACCCUAUGAAAAAAGUCUCGGUAACUGGCAAGCAGAGGGCGGUGUUCCGUUGCGAACAAGCCGGAACCGAGAUAGUUUUCCUGUGUAUCCGUCUGCACAACUUAAUUAUCCAAUGGCGAGAACAGAUGAGACCGAACCAGUCGAACGCAAGAGUCGAAAGAGUCUAUACGAGAUGUUAAAAAGGAAAAGAAAGGACGCGAAAGAGAAAAGGGCAAAAAGACCUGGUCGCAGUAAAAUUUUCUCAACCCCAAUGAUAUCGUCGCCCGCGCGUUUUACAUCCUCUCCUCGAACGGCAUCUUCAUACCAUCCCAAAAA